AUGAUGAUGAUGAUGAUGAUGAUGAUGAUGAUGAUGAUGAUGAUGAUGAUGAUGAUGAUGAUGAUGAUGAUGAUGAUGAUGAUGAUGAUGAUGAUGAUGAUGAUGAUGAUGAUGAUGAUGAUGAUGAUGAUGAUGAUGAUGAUGAUGAUGAUGAUGAUGAUGAUGAUGAUGAUGAUGAUGAUGAUGAUGAUGAUGAUGAUGAUGACUAA